UCAAAUCCCAGCGAGAAUCGUUCCCAAGUGCACCAGGCAAACGGUCAACGGCUGGAAUCAUGAAUCUAUACGUGCUCCUGGUGGUGGUGUCGGUGUUCCUGCACUAUAUUCAAGCAGCGCCCAGUGUGGAUAUUUCCAACGACGAACUGCUGGAUGGAAAAUAUCUUUGUGAAGCUGGCUCCAAGAAGUACGAUGGACCUUUCAUAGUGAGAUUGAUUUCGGCUGCCAAUGGACAAACGGUCGUCUGCUACGAGUGCAGCCAGUCGGACUUCAAGGCGAAGUACUCCGUGAAGCCGUGCGGAGAUCGCUUCGCGCCCGGCAAGAUCGGGUCGGGCCACCACCGGGACCUGGUGCCCUACCUGGUGAGGAUGGACCCCCUGUACAAGGACACCUGGAGCAGUAAGCUCAAGCGCAACUUCGACGAGAUCGACAAGGCCUCCGCCAGCUUCAGCAUCCUCAACCAACUCGUCUAGUGAUACCUGCGGCGACAGCACCUAAAUGCAAAUGCAGAUGCAGAUGCAAAUGUAAAUGCCCACGGAUACGGAUUGUAAUAGCGGAAAUACUCUAAAAUGCUUCAUGUCAAGGGACUAUAGAAAAUAAAAGAAAUAAAACAG